UACGGCGUGCGUUUAGUGAAUCAGACCCCGAGAGAAAAAUAUUAAAACAAAGACAUAAGCAGCUUCUGUUUUCACACGAGAUGCCGUUACAGAGCUCAUGGAACAUCACAGUUUUACUCUCUCCUGUCUUUCCUGCAGAAACGGCGUCCCGGUGCGUCCGGACGGUCGUAAAAUCCUGACGUCGUCUGACGGCAGCCUGAUCCUGAACAACGUGAAGCCUUCAGACGAGGGGACGUACACGUGUAACGCUUACACCGGCAUCUACUCUGUGAGCGCCACGGCCGAAGUCAGAGUCACUAAAGACACACAAGGCGGUGAUGUUCCUCCAGAGUGCGUCGACCAGCCCGAGCUCGCCAACUGUGAGCUGAUCGUUUACGCCCGGCUCUGCUCCAACUCGUACUACUCCAGUUUCUGCUGCGCCAGCUGCACCCGGCACUCACAGAGGAACAAAAGGUUCGGCCGACUCGGAUAAAGCUGACGACGUUGUUGUUGUUGUUGUUUUGAAAGACUCUGGAGGUGAAGCCGUUUGGAGGACUGCAUUCUUAAAAAAAACAAAAACACUUUGAACUCUGAACUACUGCGAUCGCCAAAAAGACUGGAGACCCCGGACAUCUGACCCGUUUGUGCAGAAUCAGGAUUCAUAAAGGAAUGACAAAGGGACCGAUGACUGUAGAUGAAUCUGUGAAGCAGGAGUCUGUUUGUACACUGAAUAUAAAAACAUAGAACCUGACCUGCUGUCAACACCAGCUGACUGUGAUGAAACCUCCGAGACGUCCUGAACAUAACUUAUUAACCUGCUGACCCUGUUCUCUGUUCUCAAGAGAAUCAUCUCUCCCUCUCUCUCUCUCUCUCUCUGUCUCUGUCUCUCUCUCUCUCUCUGUCUCUCUGUCUCUGUCUCUC